AUGCAUGGAUGUGGCCACUCAUACCAUACUGAAUGUUUGGGUGAUGGAAACGAAAAUAAAUGCCUACUUUGCACAGCUGAAAUCGAAAGUGCCAUCAAAUCACUGUCCAAUGCAGCAGCUACAUCAAUUUUUAAUGUUGGAGACAAAAAAGUUCCAAAGGAAUCUGCCGAUGACAAUGGAUCACCAGAACCAGCACCAGCACUAGCACUAGUUCAAGCACCAGCACAAGAACCGGCACAGGCCCAAGCUUCAGCACAAACACCGGUGCGAGAACCAGCAACAGCACCAACACCACCACCAGCACUGGCAGUAGCACCAGCACUAGCACCAGAACCAGAACAAGCACUACCUGCAGAACUAGUACAAGCACCAGCACAAGCGGAGAAACCGGCCCAGGCACCAGCACAAGCACCAGCACAAGCACCAGGUCCAGCACAAGUACCAGAACCAGCACCACCACCAACACCACCAACAGCAAAACUCUUUUACUGCAGCUCUUUUACUAGUACAGGCACCAGCACAAGCGCUGCAACUAGCCCAGGCACAAGCAGACACAACAGCAUCAGCACCAGCGCCAGUACAAGCACCGGGUCCAGCACUAACAGCAGAACCAGCACAGGCACCCGCACAGGCACCAGCACAGGCACCAGCACAGGCACCCGCACAGGCACCAGCACAGGCACCAGCACAGGCACCAGCACAGGCACCAGCACAGGCACCAGCACAGGCACCAGCAGCAGCACUAGCACCAGCAGCAGCACCAGCUCCUGCACCAUCACCAGCACCAGCACCAACAUCAGCACCAGCACAAUCACCAGCCGAAGCAUCGGGUCCAGCACAAGCAUCAGCAUCACGACCAACACCAGCACCACCACCAGCACUAGCACCAGCCUUUGCACCAGGACAGGCACAAGCGCCAGCACCAGCAAUAACAUCAGCACAAGCACUGGGUCAAGAACAAGCACCAGCACCAUCCCCAGCACCACCAGCACCACCUGCAGCACCACCAUCAGCACCACCAGAACCACCAGCACCAGCAGCAUCAAUAGCCUAAGCACCAGAAUUAGCACCAGCACCAGCAGCAGCAGCAGCAGCAGCACCAGCCCCAACACCAGCACCAGCACUAGGACAAGCACAAGCACCAGCACCACCACCACCACCAACACUAGAACCAGCACCAGCCUAAGUACUAGGACAGGCAAAAGCGCCAGCAUCAGCAAAAACAACGGCGCCAGCACCAGCACCAGCACCAGCACCAGCACCAGCACCAGCACCAGCACCAGCACCAGCACCAGCACCAGCACCAGCACCAAUACAAGCACCGGGUCUAGCACAAGCACCAGGAUCAUCACUAGCACAAGCACCACCACCCCCACCCGCACCAGCCUAAUCACCAAGAGGGCAGAAGCGCCAGGACCAGCACCAGCACAAGAACUGGGUGAAGCACAAGCACCAGCACCAGCACCAGCACCAACACCAACACCAACACCAGCACCAGCACUAGCACCAGCACAAACACCAGCGCCAGCACAAGACCAACAGCAGCACUACACCAUCACCAGCCCAAGCACCGGGUCCAGCUCAAGCAUCAGCACCACCACCAACACCAGCACCACCACCAGCACCAACCUAAGCACCAGGACAGACACAAGCGCCAGCACCAGCACCACAACCAGCACCAGCGCCAGCACCAGCACCAGCACAAUCACCCGCAACACCACCAGCACCAGCACCAGCAUAAGCACCAGCACUAGCACCAUCACCAACACCAGCACCAGCCUAAGCACCAGGACAGGCACAAGCGCCAGCACAAACACCAGAACCAGCACCAGAACCAGCAACAGCACCAGCACUAGCACUAGUAGAGGCACCAGUACCAGCGCUGCCACCAGCCCAGGCACAAGCAGAAGCAACAGUAUCAUCACCAGCACCAGCACAAACACCAGCACCAAAACAAGCACCAGCUUCAGCACUAGUAGAGGCAUUAGGACAGGCACAAGCACCAUCAUCAGCAAGAUCAACGGCAAAGGUGCCAGCACCAGCACCAGCACCAGCACCAGCACCAAUACAAGCACCAGGUCUAGCACAAGCACCAGCAUCAGAAAAUCAACCACACAGGCGCCAGCACCAGCACUAGCAGCAGCACCAGCAGGAGCACCAGCUCUUUUACUAGUACAGACAGCUCUUUUACUAGUAGAGGCAGCAGCACAAGUGCCAAAACCGGCCAAAGCACCAACACCGGCAACAGCACCAGCAUCAGCACCAGCACCAUCUCCAGCCCAAGCACCGGGUCCAGCACAAGCAUCAGCACCACCACCAACACAAGCACCACCACCAGCACCAGCACCACCACCAGCACCAGCACCAACCUAA